AUGGCCCUCCUACUGGGCCUGUUUACCCUCAUCACCUUAGCUGUGCACCGUCGUUCCGAAUUGUUCCUACAGAACCCUGCGCUAUCUCCUGGCGUAGCACCACCGGUGCCCGCAGAACCCUUUGCGCCCGCUCAUGGAACGGACUUGCAGAUCCAUGACCCCAGUAUCCUGAAAGUGGGCGAAAUCUACUACAGUUACAGCGUUGGGGAAAACAUUGCGAUUCACCAAGCUCCGUGUCUUGACGGUCCCUGGAAACGGACAAUGACCGUGCUCGAUAAGGAGAGCAUCAUUCCCAAAGGCGACCGCCAAGCCCCUUGGGCUCCCAUGACCAUCGAAGUCGACGGGACGUUCUACUGUUACUACGCCGUCAGUUUUGCCGGAUGUCGUGACAGCGCGAUCGGAGUGGCCACGUCGAAAUCGCCGGGGCCCGGAGGCUGGACCGAUCACGGUAGCAUCGUGCAAUCCGGCACGGGACCCGGAUCGGCCAACUACCCAUACAACGUGUCCAACGCGAUCGAUCCAUGUGUCUUCAUCACUGACACUGGCCAGGGAUAUCUGACCUGGGGCAGUUACUGGACCGGUCUCUGGCAGGUGCCCCUGUCGAAAGAUCUACUUUCCGUCGCCACUGGUGAGGAGUCCGACGCGCGCCAUCUCGCCUACGAACCACGCGCCAUCUUCCCGGGACGAAAGAAACCCACUCCGCUGUGCGGAGACCCUACGGGCGCUCAUCCCGUCGAAGGAGGGUUCAUCUCUUAUCACGCGCCCUAUCAUUACCUCUGGUUUAGUUGGGGAAAGUGCUGCAAAUACGAUCCGGAUAAUCUCCCAGCGCCAGGGAAGGAGUAUCAGAUUCGUGUCGGGCGAUCGCUUUCUCCCCGUGGGCCUUUUGUCGACAGGAUCGGCCGUGACCUGGUCGACGGUGGAGGCGAAGUGGUGUACGGCUCGAAUCGAGAUGUGUAUGCUCCCGGUGGAGAGGGAGUUCUUACGGAUGACGGAAAAGAUAUCCUCUAUUAUCACUACUUAAACACGACAAUAAGCUAUGACUUCUGGGAGGCUCGACUGGGCUAUAACCCCUUGGAAUACAUAGACGGCUGGCCCGUUGCCGUAUGA